AUGCAAGACGAAGACUCGUUGCAUGUUGUUCCCGCGCCGAUCGGCAAAAAGCGCAUCCCUAAAGCGUGCAGCGCUUGUCGACAGUCUAAAGUUAGAUGCGACGGGGAUCGUCCGUGUGGGAGAUGCCAAAAGCUUGAGAAACAAUGCGUCUUUUUCGAGAUUCCCAAAGACCCCGUGUCAGAGAGACUCGAAAGCGUCGAGUCGGAGAUGCUAUACCUGAGAAGACAAUUGGAUGAUAUGCGAGAGCUUUUGCAGCGAGCUUGCGCAUCCCCGACCAUGAACUCCCAGCAUAUGUCACCCCGACAAACACGAGAGCAGCCCAAGCAAGGCCGUGGGGACAGUGCAUGUCCUUCGUCGUGCUCUCAACCCAGUCAUUGCCCAGACAACAGCGGCGCUUUGAUUCCCAAUAACACUGGGUAUGCAAAUGGAGCAAGCCAUACCACUUAUCCACGAUCUGUGCCAGAUCUAUCUCCAACUAGCGUUUCAGUACACCCACUCUACGGAUCACCCCAGGCGGAGCGCAGAGGCCAUAAAAGAAAGCGCUCCUGCUUCGAGAUACGCGACGAGGCUGUGGCAGACUUCAUUGAUAAAGGGCUCAUCACGCUUGACUGUGCCAUUUCUUGUUUCAAUACUUUCUUCGAAGGCUGCGAUCGAUAUAUACCCAUUUUUGAUCCCGAACAUGACACAUUCGACUCUGUCCGGGGCCGAAGUAGUAUUCUCCUCAAUGCUAUCUGUACCAUAGGCUGUAUGGUUGAAACAAAGUCUGGUGGGCCAAUGUCCGACAUACUGCAUGCCGAACUGAAAAAAUGGAUCAACGUCAUCAUUCAGAACAAAGGCCUCAACUCUCUCGAAUCCGUGCAAGCAAUGCUGAUAGUUGCCUGUUACUCCGGGGACCGCCUAUUGAUCCUCUCCUUUGCGACGCGAAUGGCACUCGAUCUUGGUCUCCAUGAAGCAUUCGAGGAACUUACAGAAAGACUUGCAAUGAAUAAUGAAAAUUCUUACGGUGUCCCAGACCAUGACUUUGAAAGAGAGCGCGUGCUCAUGCGCAAGUCCAGGACUUGGUUUGGACUGCUUGUGUUGGAGCAUAUUUUCCGCGUGGAUGCAGGUAAACCACCUGGGAUCCGCCUUGUGGGUAAUUCCCGUCGAUGUCGGAUACUAUUGAGUAACCCGUCGUCAACUAUUUUGGAUCUUCGGCUGUUUUCGCAAGUUGAGCUCAACAUUCUCAGAGCAACCAUCAAUGAUACAUUAGGUCCAGAGACCACCCUUGACAGGCAAGGGAUCUCAGACUUUGUACAUGAGAUGAAGAUCGAUCUCGAUUUGUGGUUUGAUGACUGGUUACGAACAAUCGAGGGUUGUAUCCCAGCUCAACAAGAGAAACCAUAUCUUCUCGUUGCCCUCCGUGUCCAGAAAUGUUGGGCCGAGAUGAUGUUAAACUGCAAAGCACUUCGGGCAAUGGGCGUGGAGAAUGUAGCUGCCAUGACCGUCACCGAGCGCCAUAUUCUCCUCGCCGCCAAAGCCGCCGCCCGAAGACAUCUCCGCCUCAUCAUCGUCGAGCCCGAAUUCUACCUAGCCAAACUAAAAUAUGCCAUGGAUUUUGUAUGGGCAAAAUGCGCAUUCUCCUUCUUACUUCUCCUCAAACUUUCACGUCUUCUCCCGGAGCGAGAAGGAGAGCACCAUGAGCUGCUGGAAUACGGCGGGACACUUGUCGAAGAACUCAGCAAAGCGGGUUCACAUAACCAUCAAUCUGGUGCAGGCAACAUUUAUCUUCAAAUUCUCAAAGUUAGCAUCGAGAAAUACGGGCGGGCGUUGCAAGAGUCUCAACAGCCUAGUACGGGUGGGUCGAGCGGUACGUCGCCGUUUUGGGAGCUGUUCGAUGCGCAGGCGGAUCUGCAGUGGUUUAUGCCUGAGCAGUUUGUUUCGGAGUGGGAUUUCCCGGGGUUGAAUCUUUUUUAUUUUCCUACUGCGAUGCAAGAUUUCUUUGGAGAUUUCUCAUUGGCUAUGUGA